CCCUCCCUCCAGCUUCUGAUGCCAAGCAAUCAAAGAAGAGUCUACCUUUAGGAGAGAUGUAAAAGGUCAGCACAGAGGCACUUAGGUAUUUAGAAACCUGUGGGAGCUGUCAGAGCAGCCUUCUCUUCUCUUCUCUUCACCUUGCCUAAGAGCUGCUUCCCAGGUGGAAUUUGGGGAUAAUUGCUAAGGGAGUCUGUGCUUUUUGGAUUGCUUCUCCCCUGCAAUUGCCCUCACUGAGGGCGAAGCUAAAUCAGCUGAUAACCUUUUGCACAGACCCACUGUGUCUCUCUGCCUGGCUGCACCAUGACUGUCACAUACACAGCCCGCGUGGCCAACGCUCGCUUCGGUGGCUUCUACAAACUACUGACCCUUUGGCGUGGCAGCAUCUACAAGUUGCUCUACAAGGAGUUCUUGGUCUUCUCCCUUUCAUACCUGGGACUUAGUGUUACAUAUCGCUUCGUCUUAAGUGAGACUCAGAAAAGGGACUUCGAAAAGGUGGUGAUUUACUGUGACAACUAUGCCAAUCUCAUCCCUGUCUCCUUUGUCCUGGGGUUCUAUGUGACACUGGUGGUGAACCGCUGGUGGAGUCAGUACACCUGCAUGCCUAUGCCAGACCGCCUGAUGUGUGCCAUCUCUGGGAACGUGCACGGCACUGACGAGAAGGGGCGCCUUUACCGGAGAACUCUCAUGCGGUACUGCAGCCUUUCUGCCGUCUUGAUUCUUCGCUCAGUCAGCAUUGCUGUGUUCAAGCGUUUCCCCACCAUAGACCAUGUGGUGGAGGCAGGGUUCAUGACUCGUGAGGAGCGCAAGAAAUACGAGAACCUGAACACUUCCUACAACAGAUACUGGGUCCCCUGUGUCUGGUUUACCAACUUAGCUGCACAGGCACGCAAAGAAGGCCGCAUACGUGAUAACUGUGCUCUCAAGUUACUCAUGGAGGAACUGAACCUUUUUCGCGGAAACUGCAGCAUGCUCUACCACUAUGAUUGGAUCAGUGUACCACUAGUCUACACUCAGGUGGUUACCAUUGCUGUGUACAGCUUCUUCGUUUCUUGUCUGAUUGGGCGGCAGUUCCUUGACCCAGGCCAGGGCUACAAAGGACAUGACCUGGAUCUGUGGGUCCCUGUUUUCACCCUGCUGCAAUUCUUCUUCUAUGUUGGGUGGCUAAAGGUGGCUGAGCAGCUCAUCAACCCUUUCGGGGAGGACGAUGAUGACUUUGAAACCAACCUGCUGAUUGACAGGAAUUUCCAGGUCUCCAUGAUGGCAGUGGACGAGAUGUAUGGGGACCUGCCUCUUCUGGAGAAGGACCGGUACUGGGAUGCCUCCAACCCCCGAGCCCCAUAUACUGCAGCCACCGUUUUCCUCUUGCAACAGCCGUCGUUCCAGGGUUCCACUUUUGAUAUGACCCUAGCCAAGGAAGACAUGCAGUUCCAGCCCCUAGAGGACAUUGCAGAGGGCUAUGAACACAGCCGCCAUGUCCCUGCACACCUCUUGAACCGUCUGCUAUCCACAGCCCCCGCGCCUGGCGGCUUUGGACGUCGACUGUCUCUGCUGAGGCGCAAGAACAGCUGUGUUUCCGAAGCAUCCACUACCUACAGCUGCCUCUGUCAGGAUACACAGACCACGGACUGUACCUGUGGGCCUUCUGGGCAGUCUGUGCCCAUCAACAGUAUUCACUUCAGCUCUGAGGGGGAGGGAGACCUUGGGCCUGAUGCCACUGGCCUGGGCACGGAGACACACAAGGAUCUCUCUGAGGAUCCUGCAGGCGAGCCCAGUGGCCCAGCUCAGACCUCGCUAGGCCAUGACAGUGCUGUGGCCAACCCCCAGGAUCCAGUGCCCCUUGUGGACAUGUCUGUCCCUGCAGCAACAGAUACCGACUCGUCUCAGCCUCUCCUAGACCACGGCUCUUCAGAUGCCCCCUUCUUUCACAGCUCAAAGGAGGCCUCCAGCAAGGGUCUUCCGCCAGCCAAUUACCCCCACUGGCUGCAGAGCCCUAUCGAGGAGGAGAAUGUGGCAUAAGCUAUUACUUCAGCCUCCACAGGGUUGAGUGGAGCCAUUAUGAAGGGUGGCCCAUGGCACGGUUCAAUCUUAGGCCUCAGGACAGGAAAUCGGUGAAGACUGAUAGUCCUUGCAGCUGCUAAAGGGAAAUUUGAAUUGGUGGCCCCUGCUAGACACCUGGUUUUUAAUGACACAUUGUAAUGUGGGGCCACUUCAUAAGGAGUCAGGAGGAUUCUGUUAAUCAGGCCUCCA